GAAAUCAAGCAUGUCGACGAUUCGAUGUUGCAGCAUACUCCUCUGGAGCACAGCAGCGGCAGCCGCAUUCUCGGCAUGGCCAGUGCCUUCCAGAGCCCCUUUUGGUAGACUCACUCGGCGGUACUGCAAGCUCUCGGAAGAGCUGAGUCGACACCGGAGCUUCUUCAAAGAACAAGCAGAAAGUUCAGGCAACGCGAAGGCUAUUGAGAUCCUAACUUUCCUGUACGAACAAGAUAUACAGCAGAUCCAAAAUCUCAAAUCCGAGAGGGACAAAACGCUGGAGAGGUAUGAGAAACAGAUCCAAGAUCUCAAGUCCGACAUCCAAGAUCUCAAGUCCGACAAGAACCAAACGCUGGAGAGGUAUGAGAAACAGAUCCAAGAUCUCAAGUCCGACAUCCAAGAUCUCAAGUCCGACAAGAACCAAACGCUGGAGAGGUAUGAGAGACAGAUUGAAGAUCUCAAAUCCAACAGGGACAAAUUCAUCAAAGCGCUCAACGACCAGUUGCAGGAAAUGAAGCUGAAAGCUUUGAGCGAAGAAGCGAAAAUGAGGGUCAUUGUCAACAAUCGAGCGCUGAUUGAGAUCGCGAUAGCACGGUACGACUGCACCGUGUCUCUUACGGAGGGUGUCAGGACGUUUGUGAUGGGCCAUUUGUUGGCGGGGCCGAAGAAUACGUUGAGUGAGUACAGCAGGAGAGUCUGCGGGCAGCUGCGACACUUUGGCUUCGCAGGCAAAGAACAAUCUGUUUCGAAAGAGCUCGCAAACUUGAUGCACGAGAUCUCGAAACCGUUGCACGCUAUGCAAGUAUCGAGCACUAUCGACCGAGGGUAUGUGGUAGGAGGGGAUCAGCCACAUGCAGAAGCGCUUGCGAUCAUGAUCGCAAAACUGCAAGAAACAAAGCUCGUCGAAGGCCUGGAUGUGCUGCUGGUGGACGGAAGAGGAAAAUGCCGAUGUGUGCUGAGGGACGGAGAAAUAUUGGCAUACAGUGGCGAGUCAGGUGACGAGUAGUCUAGGACUAGGUAUAUUGUGGUACACCGGACCAAGGCUGAUACCGCAGUGAAUGUAUGUUCUAGUAAACGCAGCAGUGAUUCGG